GUUUAUUUUUCUCACAUCAAAAAAUAACCCCUCGAUCUAGCCUCUCCCUCAUCCGGAGAUUAGCCCGGCGCCCACUAGCCCAUUCCUCCGUUGCUUCUGGUUCAUACAUCUGCUGGAACAGACUAUGACCACGGGUGGGUUCCUCAGCCCGAAGCUUUAUGUCCCCAGACACAUCUGGUAUCAAAAGGCUAUGAUCCGUCUCCCAGCGAUCGAAGCCAAGAUCAACACAUGUAACGCCCUAUCGCAGUUCCUAGAUCGGAUGGCGACUCAGUCGAAGAACGGGGAACUGAACUUGUUCGUCGGCAUGGACAGACGGUUGGAGAAGGCCGAGAACGAGAGGAAUCUGGUGCUGAAGGAAUUAGAGGCGUUUGAGGCCAUAACGCUUGACCAUUGGAACAAGUUGGGUAAGAAAUUAUCCUUUAUUCAGCGACCUGGCAAGGUCUCUGACCAGGCUGGCGCUUCACACAGCAGGAACAGCAGCACGUCCUUCAGCGGACCGGGCUAUGGAGGCCAGGGACAUGCGCCUUCGCCUUAUCAUCAACAUCGACCUCCGCAUCACUACCAGCAAAAGCAUGGGGAGCACGACGACAACGGAUCGAAUCCGUAUGACUGGCUCCAGAGUGACGACCCCAUUUCCGCGACACUCGUAUCUGGAUCGAUGUCAUCGGUUGCCUUGUCGACCGGGACGCUGUCCUCGGGCACGUUCUCGACAGGAUUGAUGACCUCGUCCAACCUGACGUCUUCAUCCAUGUCGGACAAGGGUGGACCCACGACUGGGAAUACCAGGAGAUCGACUGCAGAUCUCAAGAACCAGUGGAAGAACUUUUCAAAGACGGUGCAGAAAACCAUCGUCAAUGAAAAAAUCGAGGACACGACACACUAUACCGAGAUACUGAUCCAACUAUUCAAGUCGAGUUAUCUCCUGGAGGCGAUGUUCAAGCACUUUGAAUCCCUGCCCCCUCAUCAGACGCAUCUGAAGAUCCUUAAUCGGCUGCAGAAGAUUUGCGACUUUUAUAACAUGGUUGUCUGUGUCUUUGUGAUCCGCGACAUGGGUGAGCUGAUGCUCAAGUAUGUCAAGCGGAUGGGCACCAUCGUUGCUGAGUAAAACCCGAAAGCAAAGAAAAAGAAUAAAAAAAAAAAGAUGAGUUAAAUACGGCGAUUACAAAGAUGAGCAAUGAUGCUAUAUACAACCGGACGAUUGAAGCGAAACAAGCGGG